GCAGCAUCAUCUGCCCCUGCGUGCCAGCCCCGACCUCGGCUCUGCCCUAUGGACAGGAGGGGUGGCACAUGGAGGUCCGGCAGCAACAGGGAUAUGGGAGCCUGCCUGGGUCUGUGCUCCAGAGCAGGAGCCUGGCAGGGCAGGGUAGUGCAGGAAAGGGUGGGGCGGGGCAGGGCAGGAUGGCAGGGCCACCGCCAGCCAGCAUCAAUCGCUUUUUAGGUUGUGAAGGUUGGACUUGUGGAACCAUCCUCAGCCACAUCAGCCAGGGUGUUGGCGCCGAGCUGAUGGGGCUGCAGGUGGACUACUGGACGGCAGCACAGCCUGCAGACAGGAAGAGGGAUGCCGAGAAGAAGGAUCUGCCCACCGCCAAAAACACGCUCAAGUGCACUUUCCGGUCCCUGCAGGUCAGCAGGCUGCCCAGCAGUGGCGAGGCCAUGGCCACGCCCACCAUGUCCAUGACCGUGGUCACCAAGGAGAAGAACAAGAAGGUGAUGUUUUUGCCCAAGAAGACCAAGGACAAGGACGUGGAGUCCAAAAGCCAGUGCAUCGAGGGCAUCAGCCGCCUGAUCUGCACAGCCAAGCACCAGCAGCACAUGCUGAGGGUCCUCAUCGACGGCGUGGAGUGCAGCGACGUCAAGUUCUUCCAGCUGGCGGCCCAGUGGUCUUCCCACGUGAAGCACUUCCCCAUCUGCAUCUUCGGACACUCCAAGGCCACCUUCUAGCCCCACCCACCGAGGGGUCGGAGGAGGACCGUGGAGGGGCCCAGGUCCCGCCCUGAGGGGCCCAGCUGCAUUUCUGUCUGUCAACAUUUCAGUUUACCACAGAGACAGACUCUUAAAAACAUGAAGAGAAACAGUCUUAAGUAUGAAUGUGCUCACAACCUGGAAACUAACGGGGCAGCUCCCCUCUGGGAGCCAAGUAACUGCUCUGCUUAUUAACCAGAACCUUCCGGCCAGGGGGCUGGGUGGCCAGAUGGACAGUGCUGAGCUUGAGAAUCGUGGAAGGUGUGUCUGGCUCAGGAGCCACCCAGAGCCUGACAAGCAGGAAGGGUUCUCAGCUCAUGUCAUGUCCUUCCCAGGAGCCGGGACUCUGCCUCCUCAGGGUGCCCAGGUCAGGCGCAGCCUUGGAGCGUGGUGGCCAGAGGCUGACGGUCAUGAGCCCACUCAGCCCUCUGUUGGGGGGACGUCCUGAGUCAACUUUGGAGGCUGGUCAGCCCUGGACCCUGGACCACCACCCCACCUGGAAGACGUCCCCAGCACCACCCACUCGUGGUUCCCAAUAAACUCCAGCCUCCUGGCAGGGAUUUUAUAGUGGCAGAUAUUUUUAAUGCUUUUAAAUACAUGUUGUAAUGUAGCCGCCAAA